AUGUCACAAGAUACUAUAGUAUUAGAUGUACACUCAAUUAUAGAGAUCUCGGAUGGCAAUUAUGACAAUACUAACUAUAGGGAGAAUAGUAAAAUGCAUCCAAUCUUGGGAAAACAUACAAGAGAUGGGAUUUCAACAAACCUGGAUGCCGACGCCAAUACUUUCAUAUCUGUCUCUUCGCACGACAGUGGGGAUAGUUCUCCUCUACAGAGUACACAGAAGGGCAAUGCUCCCGUUCCUCCUCCCCCGUACACAUUUCAAGACAGUGCUUGUAAGAAUGAAAACUACAACUAUGCAGAGGCCGAGAGAAGGACAAUUACCCAUCAGAAGCACCAGCAACUACGACAACAGGAGCAACAGUCACAACCCGCGGUGAAGAAUCCUAAAUCGAUUUUCAAGCCAGAUACAGACAUUUUCAAAUUUCCGCAACACAGUCAUUCUCACAAAAUAGAGAAUUUCUCGCAGUUCGUUAGACAUUUAUUGCACCGAGCUGAUGUGAGUCGAUCAGUAUAUAUUGUGGCUCUGAUAUAUUACCGCCGGGUGCUAAGCAAGACUGGGCCUAAUAACGACCACCAGGUAUGUGAUAUAUUGUUCUUUGGCUCCAAUUGA